UGGCGGCGUGACUCUGCCCCAUACCUACAUUGCUGAUUUUCAACGUCCAUAACUGGCAACUUGCACACAUUGUUCGGAGGGGAGGCGCUUGUCCGGAGUAGUUUCUGGAAAGACUUGCAUGCGUGCACCAUGGAUAAAGUUUCAGCAUUGAAAGACCAGGGCAACAAGGCGCUGAGUGCAGGAAAUAUUGAUGAAGCUAUCCGUUGCUACACCGAGGCCUUGGCUCUGGAUCCAUCAAACCAUGUGCUGUUCAGUAAUCGCUCAGCUGCCUAUGCCAAAAAGGGCAACUAUGAGAAUGCUCUCCAGGACGCUGUUCAGACCAUCAAGAUCAAGCCUGACUGGGGCAAGGGAUAUUCCCGCAAAGCUGCAGCUCUGGAGUUUCUUGGCCGGUUAGAGGACGCUAAAACGACGUACCAAGAGGGUCUUCGCAAAGAGCCGAGUAAUCAGCAGCUAAAGGAGGGUUUACAGAAUAUUGAAGGCCGGCUUGCAGAGAAAUCAAUGAUGAACCCGUUUGCCAUGCCCAACCUGUAUCAGAAGCUUGAGAAUGAUCCUCGGACCCGCGAGCUUCUGACGGAUCCCAGCUACAGAGAACUACUGGAGCAGCUCAGGAACAAACCGUCGGAGCUUGGCGCGAAGCUGCAGGAUCCAAGAGUAAUGACAACCCUUUCUGUGCUCCUGGGACUGAACCUGUCAGAGAUGGAGGAUGAAGAGGAACCUGCUCCUUCUCCUCCCAAACCCAAAGAGACCCCAGCACCUCCUCCUCCCAAAGAGGAAGAUCUCCCUGAAAACAAAAAAAUGGCUUUGAAAGAAAAAGAACUAGGGAAUGCUGCGUACAAGAAUAAAGACUUUGAAACGGCGCUGAAACAUUAUGAUCAAGCCCUUAAGCAUGACCCAGCCAACAUGACGUAUAUUUCUAAUCAAGCAGCUGUCUAUUUUGAGAAGGGAGACUUUGAAAAGUGUAGAGAGCUGUGUGAGAAGGCCAUCGAUGUCGGCCGAGAAAACAGAGAAGAUUACAGACAAAUAGCAAAGGCUUUGGCUCGAAUUGGUAACUCGUACUUCAAGCAGGAAAAAUACAAAGAAGCGAUCCAGUACUUCAACAAGAGCUUGACAGAGCACCGGACUCCUGAUGUGUUGAAGAAAUGUCAGCAGGCCGAGAAGAUUUUAAAGGAGCAAGAAAAACUAGCCUACAUCAACCCUGAGCUGGCGCUGGAAGAGAAGAACAAGGGCAACGACGCCUUCCAGAAAGGAGACUACCCCGUAGCCAUGAAACAUUACACUGAGGCCAUUAAGAGAAACCCCAAUGAUGCCAAACUGUACAGUAACAGAGCUGCCUGCUACACAAAGCUGCUGGAGUUCCCGCUCGCCCUGAAGGAUUGUGAAGAGUGCAUCAAACUCGAGCCCACUUUCAUUAAAGGCUACACACGUAAAGGAGCCGCAUUGGAGGCCAUGAAAGACUUUUCCAAAGCUAUGGAUGCAUACCAGAAGGCGUUAGAACUGGAUUCGUCCUCAAAGGAAGCAACAGAAGGUCUGCAGCGUUGCAUGAUCAGCCAGACCACGAGGAACGACAGCCCAGAGGAGGUGAAGAAAAGAGCCAUGUCUGACCCUGAGGUCCAGCAGAUUAUGUCCGACCCAGCCAUGCGCAUGAUCCUUGAACAGAUGCAGAAGGAUCCGCAGGCCCUUAGCGACCACUUAAAGAAUCCAGUUAUCGCUCAGAAGAUACAGAAACUCAUCGAUGUUGGACUGAUAGCCAUCCGCUGAUGUGAAACGAGAUCCAUGUAUGUAAAGAAGUUCCGGGAAACAAGUGGAACCACACAGAUUCCUCUAAAACGAUACAUCUGAUCUUUCUUGCCUUUAAAAUCAAGAUUAUAUUGUCCUGGGCCUGACUGGGACUUUUGUGUGUAUUUUUGUUUUGUUUUUUAUUCUUGUUCACAACUUUGACAUUGUGUUGGGAAGGGGGGAAAAGCUUCUUGUAUGUCCUCUGGAAAACUUCAGCACUCCAGGCAACACCAACUAGAAAAAAGGAAAGGGGGGAAAAAAAAAAAAAACAAGUUCACUUGUAACGGUGCUGUAAAACAUCAAUAAACAUCCCAAUGCAGUACAACGUUAUGCUCAGUGUUUAAAGGGGAAAUCUGCCCCGAAGCUGUUCUUACUGUGUUCAUGCUGGUUCAUGCUUGAAAUCUGAGUUUGACACUUUCAUCGAUUUUUUUGAUACAGAAACAUCCUGAAAACGGUGUGUUUCGAUCUGGUAUAAUAGAUUCAUUUUCUUUGGGUUUCCUCUUUUGUCGCGCUUACAGAUAUGAAACUCUGAAUCUGCUCUGUUCCUCAUCCAUAGGGUCAAAUCUUAAUAACACGGUUAAAAAUGCAUCUAAGUAUCAGCUACUGCCAUGUGGGCAAUUGAUCUGGGAAAAUAAUUGACUGUUUGUAAUAGUAAAUACAUUUUGGGUAGCUUCACAUUUUUAGCUGUACGUGCCUGCCGCCUGUAGAGCCGACUCUAAUAUUGCAGAAUAUUGGGACAUUUGAAGAGACUUUUAUUAAGGUUCCAAUUUCUCUUUUGAGGACCAUAACACAAACUGAUUAUUUAACCUUUAUUUUGUUAUUUGAACACUUAAAUGUGACAAAUGGCCUUAAAGUAACAUUUUGGAGGUAAUGGUUCCAAAUCAACAGGAAAUAAAGGAAUUACUAAAUUAUCCAAGUCAUCCCCAAUUCCUCAUAAAAAGGUCUGUACCUAACCGUUUUCAGAUUUAUACUUAAAGGGCUUCACAGAGCGCGUUAUUACAGACUCAAAUGGGGAUUUUCUGUUUUUAAGGAACUUUGAGAUAUUUUCCCCAAUUUGACCUGCAGACUAAUAAAAAACUGUCAGAUUUUGUCCACUUGGCUGAUUGAUUGGUGCAUUACAAAGGUUCACCUAUUAACCCAUAUAGGUAGAUUCUGUAUUUCACUCUAGUGCAUAGUAAAUGUUCGACGUUUAGAGUUUCGGCACAACCGGUCCGAUAGUUUGAGCGACUUUCACCAAGCAAAGUAGAUCUCGAAGCUUCUCUACACUUAAUGUUUGCAGAUGUCUGUGUCCGUUUUCUCAAUGGUUCAGUUGGCUUGACGUUCGUCUCUGAAGAAUACAUACAUGUUUGUUACAGCUGAACAGUCGGCCACAUGUGGCUUUGGAUACCUCAGCAUCUGAAAUGUCAUGGUGUAUUUGUGCUACUGUUUCAGAGAGGGAAUUUUAAGUGUUUUUUUGCAUUAGAGGCAUUUCUCUGCAGUUUUUUUUUUUUCCUAUUCUCAUAGACUGCAGAUAUCAGGGUAUGGUUAUUUUUCUCCCCCCAGUCUGGUCCUAAUUUUGUAAUAAACCACAUACAGCUAUUGUAUUAAUCCUUCAUGUUGUAAAGGAAAAUGUCCCAGGCAAGUCAUGUACUCUUGGAAAUUAGCUGUAAACUAAAAUACAGAUUAUCUGAAUGUAUACCAACAA